UGAAGAGAGCGACAAUCAGACUCUGUCCUCUGACUGAGUCCAGCUGCAGGACAGAAGACGCUGCUUCGUCCACUUGUCCACACACUAAAGGCUCCGCCCCUUCACCUGAUUCACCAAAGAAAAAACAGUCGCCAUCGGUGACUGAAGAUCAAAAUCUGUCCUCUGACUGAGUCCAGCUGCAGAAGACGCUGCUUCGUCCACACACUGAAGACAAAAUGGCCUCCAGAUCAGAGGAGGACCUCUACUGUCCUGUCUGUAAGGAGGUCUUCAGAGAUCCUGUGGUUCUGUCCUGUAGCCACAGCUUCUGUAAAGACUGUGUGAAGACAUGGUGGAGAGACAGACCAACACCAGACUGUCCUUUUUGUAAGAGAAGGUCUUCAAAGACUGAACCACCGCGUAACCUGGCUUUAAAGAAUUUGUGUGAGACCUUCUUACAGGAGCAAGGUCAGAGGUCUUCAGAGGUUCUCUGCAGUCAGCACUCUAAGAAACUCAGACUCUUCUGUCUGGACCAUCAGCAGCCAGUGUGUCUCGUCUGCAGAGAUUCAGAAAAACACAUCGGCCACAAGUUCAGUCCCAUUGAUGAAGCUGCACAACAACACAAGAAGCUACUUCAGGAGACUCUGGAGACCUUCAAGAAGAACUUAGAGAGUCUGGAAGAAGUUCAGGUGAAGUUUGAUCAAACAGCAGAACACAUUAAAGUCCAGGCCCAACGCACAGGGACACGGAUGAAGGAGCAGUUUAAGAAGCUUCAUCAGUUUCUACAAGAGGAAGAGGAGACCAGGAUGGCUGCACUGAGGGAGGAAGAGCAGCAGAAGAGUCACAUGUUGAAGGAGAAGAUGGAGGCUCUGAGCAGAGAGAUAGAAGCUCUAUCAGAUACAGUCAGAGCCACAGAGGACCAGCUGAGAGCUGAAGACGUCUCCUUCCUCCUCAACUACAGAGAGCAGCAGCGCCCCCUGCUGGAGCCUCCAGAGCUGCACUCAGGAGCUCUGAUAGACGAGGCCAAACACCUGGGCAACCUGGACUUCAACAUCUGGAACAAGAUGAAGGACGUGGUCUCCUACAGUCCUGUGGUUCUGGACCCAAACACUGCUCAUCCACUCCUCAUCCUGUCUGAAGAUCUGACCAGUGUGAGUCUAGGAGACAGACAGAAGGUUCCUGAUAAUCCAGAGAGGUUUGAUUAUGUCAUCAGUGUCCUGAGCUCUGAGGGUUUGAACUCAGGAACUCACAGCUGGGACGUCCAUGUUGGAGACAAUGACAUCUGGACAGUGGGAGUUUUAGAGUCUGUCCAGAGGAAAGGAGACAUAAAGUCUGGAUUAUGGGGGAUAGUGUUCUAUAGAGAUACAUACUACAAACUGUCAUCAGGUCAAGAGUCUGUUCUCCAGCUGAAGAAGAAGAUCCAGAAGAUCAGAGUGAGUCUGGACUGGAACAGAAGAAAACUGUCCUUCUCUGAUCUCGAUAAUAACAAAUUCAUACACACCUUCACACACACCUUCACACACACCAUGUUUCCAUACAUUUUCAAUGGUGAUGGUGCUGAUGAUCAUCCAGUGAAGAUGUUACCAGAGGAAAACUACAGUUAGAGACAAACAGAAGCUUUUUAUUUCCUGCUGUUUGUGUCCCCGCGAGGUAAAAUCACUGUUUUUUGGUGUGGGAGAGUGAGUGGUUUACAAAAUUCAGUUUCUUGUAGGAACAGUUUGUCUAACAGAGAUAAAAAUGUGAAAAUGUGGCGUAGAUUUAGGGAAAUUGUUGUAAAUAAUAAUAAUGACAGCUUACAGGGAGGAGAAUAAUGGCAGCAGAAUUCUUCUGCGUUGGUAUCAUGGUAUCAACUCCAGCAAAAACUGUGUCAACAUGUGAUUAAAUACAAUGCUAAAACAAAUGCUAAGUAAUACUGUGUGUGCGUUCUAAACCAUCACAACUAAAUGCCUAAUCCUUAACCCCAAAACUAAUCCAAACUCUAAAACCAUCUUUUAAAUUUGUGAACACAAGACUCAAAAUGUGUCCUUAGAACCAACUACACACAUAAACACAAACAGUGACGGCGUGUAUAAACAUGGAAACAAAAAAUAAAUAAAAGACGGACCUUUUGCACUUGGUACGAUCUUGUAAAAACCAUUGGGACCAUGGCCUCAAGUUAACAGGAAGCCGGUCAUUUUGAAUUUUUGUCG